AAACAUAGUUAUGACCUAAAACCACGAAGAUUAUUUAUAACUUUUAGCCUUAAAAUUAUGACUAGAAAGAAAUUGGGAGUAGACUAGAAUUUGAGAGUAGAUAAAUUUUGUGUUUAGGUCAAGGCCGGAGUGGAACUCUCUGACUGUCUGAGACCUCAGUGCAAAUGGAGACAAAGCAAAACGGAGAAGAAGAGCAGCAGAUUGUGAAUCCAUGGAAGGUGGAGGCCAAAGAAGGCGGCAAAAUCGACUACGACAAGCUCAUAGACCAGUUCGGUUGCCAGCGUAUCGAUCAAUCUCUCGUCGACCGCGUCCGCCGUCUCACCUCCCGCCCUCCCCACGUCUUCCUCCGCCGCGACGUCUUCUUCGCCCACCGGGACUUGAAUGAGAUUCUGGACGCGUAUGAGAGAGGAGACAAGUUUUAUCUCUACACUGGAAGAGGACCUUCCUCUGAGGCUUUGCAUUUGGGGCAUCUCAUCCCCUUCAUGUUCACUAAAUAUUUGCAGGAUGCCUUCAAGGUCCCGCUGGUUAUACAACUUACAGAUGAUGAGAAAUGUAUGUGGAAGAAUAUUAGUGUGGAGGAAAGCCAGAGGCUUGCGAGGGAAAAUGCCAAAGACAUCAUUGCCUGUGGUUUUGAUGUGACACGAACCUUUAUAUUUUCCGAUUUCGAUUAUGUCGGUGGUGCUUUCUACAAGAACAUGGUAAAGGUUGGGAAGUGCGUCACUUAUAAUAAGGUGGUUGGCAUAUUUGGUUUUACUGGCGAAGAUCACAUUGGAAAAGUUAGUUUUCCACCGGUACAGGCAGUACCAUCAUUUCCAAGUUCUUUUCCACAUCUGUUCUCUGGUCAAGAUAAUCUUCGGUGCUUAAUACCCUGUGCGAUUGACCAGGAUCCUUAUUUUAGGAUGACCCGGGAUGUCGCUCCACGCAUCGGAUAUCACAAGCCUGCUUUAAUAGAAUCUUUAUUCUUCCCUGCCCUCCAGGGAGAAACAGGGAAAAUGUCGGCUAGUGAUCCGAAUUCCGCCAUCUAUGUAACUGAUUCCGCAAAGGAUAUUAAGAGCAAGAUAAAAAAGUUUGCUUUUUCUGGGGGGCAAGAUACAAUAGAGAAACACAGAGAGUUGGGAGCAGAUCUCGAGGUAGACAUACCAUAUAAAUAUCUGAAAUUUUUUCUGGAUGAUGACAUUGAGCUCGCUCAUAUAGGAAAGGAGUAUGGUGCAGGUCGAAUGUUGACAGGGGAAGUGAAGCAGAGGCUCAUUCAAGUUUUGACAGAAAUUGUGGAGAGACAUCGUAGGGCUAGAGCUGCUGUCACUGAUGAGAUGGUGGACGCGUUCAUGGCAGUGAGGCCUCUCCCAAAUAUGUUCAACUAAAGUUGAGGACAGUAACACUCGCAAUCCUUGGAUGAAGCACUGGCUUUGUCUGGUGAUACAAUUUCAGCCUUUAGUUAGAUAAAGAAUUUUCAUUUUUGAUGGCAUUUAUGUCAACCACUAUAUUCUUGUGAGUUAGCAAAACUGAAUGCAAGAUGAACACCAUUGUUUAAAGGCUAACAUUGUAUGACAGAUUCACAGUGAACCCCCUUCCACUGGAGUAGUUUCAAACAAGUUUGCAUGGUUAC